AGGACGCCUUGUGCGCUGAGAGAGCCGGCCCCCCGCUGGCGGUGGUUUUCCCUGGCGGUCUCUCUUUUCUCAAUUCCGUCUCCCGCUCUUCAUCGACUUCUCCUCGGUUUCCACCGUUCCUAGGACUGUCUAUCCCUCCUCUGAACCCUAGGGUUAUCAUUUAAUUUAAUCCCCAAAACCCAUCCGAUUUCUCGGUGGAAGUACCGAUGGAGAGCGUCCUACUGCCGGAGGAGAAGCAGCGCCUCAUCUCCUCCUUCCUCGAGAUCGCCGCCGGCCAGACCGCCGAUAUCGCUGCGCAGUUCCUCGAGGCCACGAGUUGGAAGCUUGAGGAAGCUAUCCAGCUGUUCUAUGCCGGGAACGAGUUUGGUGCGGUGCCAUCGUCGUCCUUGCCUCCACCAGUGAAUGAAAUCCCUAGUGAAAGGGAGAAUGUUGAGGUCAAUGAGAACGUAGGGCAAGGUGCUGGAGACGAUGAAGUGCGUGCGCCAUUACCGGUUAAGAGGGAUACUUUGUAUGGUGAUCCCUCCUUUAUCAGGCUACAUCCUAGUUCAGUGGUUGCAUUUCGUAAUUUUGAGGAGGAGUCAAAACGUCCUGCUGUUUGGGAAUCAGAUCAAAAGGCUGCGUCAACAUCAAAUGGCUCCCGUGAUAAUCUUGCUUCCUUAUAUCGCCCGCCUUUUGCAUUAAUGUACCAAGGGGCCUUUGACAAGGCGAAGGUAGAGGCUGCUGUGCAGGGUAAGUGGUUACUAAUCAACUUGCAGUCCACGGAGGAAUUCAGCUCACACAUGCUUAACCGGGAUACAUGGGCAAAUGAAGCUGUCGCACAAACGAUUCGUACUAAUUUCAUUUUCUGGCAGAUGUAUCAUGAUGCGAGCGAGGGGAAGAAGGUUUGCACCUACUACAACUUGGCUACUAUUCCUGCGAUUCUUGUCAUUGAUCCCAUCACUGGACAAAAAAUGCGUGCCUGGAGUGGCAUGGUACAACCUGAGCGUUUGUUGGAGGAUUUGCUUCCAUAUCUGGAUAAAGGUCCAAAGGAACAUCAUGCUAUUCUUCCUCAGAAACGUCCAAGAGAAAUGGCCAAGGAUUCUAAAGCUCAUACAUCAGGCAUGCCAGAUAAAACCCUUGUACCAAAGUAUCCAGAGACUCUGCAGAAAACAUCAGCUUCCUUGGAGGACACAGAAGGCCCUAUCAGGUCACUUGCCACCAAUGACGAGCCUAAACACGAGAAAGUUGCUGAAACUAGCUCAAGUGGAAAGCCCAUCUACCCUCCGCUGCCUGAAGAGCCAAAAGGAAGCAGGGAACUUCUUUGUAGAGUUGGAAUUCGUCUCCCUGAUGGACGGAGACUUCAGAGGAACUUUCUUCGUAAAGAUCCAGUAAAGUUUUUGUGGUCUUUCUGCUGCUCUAAAUUGGAGGAUGGAGGAACAAGACCUUUCCGUUUCACACAAGCAAUUCCUGGCGCAUCGAAGGUGUUGAACUAUGAGAGCAACCUAACUUUUGAAGAAGCAGGUUUAUCAAAUUCGAUGAUUUCUCUGGCUUGGGACUGAAAGUUUUAAGAUGUCGUGCAGAUAAAUACCAGAAGGUUAAAGACCUGAAUUUGUAUGUGUGAAAAAUAUCCUUUUGCUGCUCUUUCCCUUUGAAGUUCAGGGAUGGUUGGUGUAUAGGCAAACUUUAAAUUUCUAGCUUAUCACUAGUAACUAGUUUAUUACGAAUAUUUUGAGUUUUUUUUGGGUUUAGGUACUAAACUCAAUUUGUAGAUUGUAGUUUUAUGUUAUUUAUAGACAGACAGUUUGCUUCGAAGAGAAUUUACUAAACCCAUCCUUACAUGAUC